GCCAGGACCCGCCCCCUCGCUGCAGUCGCUGUAGGAGCUGGAAGUUAAACGUUCCUGCUGAGAAUCAGUGUGUUUUCUUUGGCUGCCCCUACGUGGAGGUUUGCUGUGGUCUAGCCUGGGAAGAAGGUCUAGCCCAAGUCCAGCCUGAACAGAGCGAGCCUGUCGCCAUGCCGGCUUGCUGCAGCUGGAACGAUGUCUUGCAGUAUGAGACAAACAAAGUCACUCGGAUCCAGAGCGUGAAUUACGGCACCGUCAAGUGGGUGUUGCACAUGAUCGUCUUUUCCUACGUUAGCUUUGCUCUGGUGAGCGACAAACUGUAUCAGCGGAAAGAGCCCGUUAUCAGCUCAGUGCACACCAAGGUCAAAGGCAUCGCAGAGGUGACAGAGAGUGUCACGGAGGGUGGGGUGACCAAGUCGGUACACAGCAUCUUUGACACUGCGGACUACACCUUCCCUUUGCAGGGGAAUUCGUUCUUUGUAAUGACAAAUUAUCUCAAGUCAGAAGGCCAAGUCCAGAAGCUGUGUCCUGAGUACCCCAGCCGCGGUGUACAGUGCUAUUCUGACAAGGGUUGUAAAAAGGGAUGGAUGGACCCGCAGAGCAAAGGAAUCCAGACUGGCAGGUGUAUCCCAUACGACCAGACGAGGAAGACCUGUGAAGUCUUUGCCUGGUGUCCUGCUGAGGAGGGGAAGGAAGCCCCCCGGCCUGCACUCUUAAGGGGCGCUGAAAACUUCACUGUGCUCAUCAAGAACAAUAUCGACUUUCCCGGCCACAACUAUACGACGAGAAACAUCUUGCCCGAUAUGAACACCUCGUGCACCUUUCACAAGACUUGGAACCCUCAGUGUCCCAUCUUCCGACUAGGGGACAUCUUCCAGGAAGCAGGAGAGAACUUUACAGAGGUGGCAGUUCAGGGAGGAAUCAUGGGCAUCGAGAUCUACUGGGAUUGCAACCUGGACAGAUGGUCCCAUCACUGCCAACCCAAGUACAGCUUCCGCCGCCUGGAUGACAAGUAUACCAAUGAGUCCUUGGUCCCCGGCUACAACUUCAGAUACGCCAAGUACUACAAGGAGAACAACGUGGAAAAGCGGACAUUGAUCAAAGCCUUUGGCGUCCGUUUUGACAUCCUGGUUUUUGGCACUGGAGGAAAAUUUGACAUCAUCCAGCUGGUUGUGUACAUUGGAUCCACCCUGUCCUACUUUGGCUUGGCCACUGUGUGCAUUGACUUGCUCAUCAACACGUACUCCAGUGCCUUCUGCAGGUCGAGUGUUUACCCCUGCUGUAAGUGCUGUGAGCCCUGCGCAGUGAACGAGUACUACUACCGAAAGAAGUGUGAGCCCAUCGUGGAGCCCAAGCCGACGCUAAAGUAUGUGUCCUUUGUGGACGAGCCCCACAUUCGGAUGGUGGACCAGCAGCUGCUUGGGAAAAGUCUGCAAGUUGUCAGAGGCCAAGAAAUUCCCAGACCCCAGAUGGACUUCUCGGACCUGUCUAGGCUGUCCCUGUCUCUCCACGACUCACCCCCGAUUCCUGGACAAUCUGAGGAACUGCAGCUGCUCCGCGAAGAGGUGGCGCCUAGGUCCAGGGACAGCCCAGGCUGGUGCCAGUGUGGAAACUGCCUCCCGUCUCGACUCCCGGAGAACCGCAGGGCCCUGGAGGAGCUGUGCUGCCGGAGGAAGCCGGGACGGUGUAUCACCACCUCCAAGCUCUUCCGUAAGCUCGUGCUGUCCAGAGAAGCCCUGCAGCUCCUCCUGCUAUACCAAGACCCCUUGCUGGAGCUGGAGGAAGACGCCAUCAACGGCAGGCUGCGGCACUGUGCCUACAGGUGCUAUACCACCUGGCGCUUCGGCUCCCCGGACGUGGCCGACUUUGCCAUUCUGCCCAGCUGCUGCCGCUGGAGGAUCAGGAAGGAGUUUCCCAAGACUGACGGGCAGUACAGUGGCUUCAAGUAUCCCUACUAACGGUAUGGCUGCCACAUCAUGAUGGCUCAUAAUACGGCUUCUCUUGGAAAGACCUAGAGACACAUUUCCGGAUGACGGGAACUUGGUUUUCCUUCCUCGUAAGCUGUGUUGAAGUAGAGCUGAUUAGACCGACUGCACAUGGAUGCGAACCGGAUGCGGAUCCUGAGCCUGACCUCUGACCCUUGACCCUGGACUGCGGUGCUGCCCUCAGCCUAUAAUGUGUACACAGGCUCCUCAUAUCCCGACUUCCCCGACCUACUUUCUCUGAAGUAGCAUUACAGAUAUGCUGAAGGUGUUCUCUUCCGUCCACGUUUACACGGCUCCAUGGAUGUAAAGGCCCAACCCUGAAAACCAAACCUUUUGAGAUUUGAAAGUACUCUGAGAAAUUAAAUAUGGCCACAAAUUCUUUGACAGCCUCACCCCCUCACCCAACCCUCAGGACCCAAAGGCACUGUUUCUACCCCCCCCCCCAUUAUGGGCGACUCUGGGGGCUUCAUCCAGUAGCGUAUGUGAUGUUACAUCUGUUAUUUCGGGCCCUUGUUUUAAGAGGCUAACAGCUUCUGAUUCCUGUGCUUGGAACUCUUGCUGAGAGGAAGCCAGGCGACUCAAGAGUCCGACUGGAGGAGCAGCUCCAGGGAGAAGUACCCAACCUGAGCCAGCUCGUCACGUCUAAGUGCAGACACCACACAGGGAGAGAAGCUAUGCCUUUCAGGUGAUUCCAGGCACGUGGCUGACACUGCAGGAGCCGGCUGCCCAGCCAGCCCAGAGGACCACUCUGCUGCCUUAAGUCAUUACAUUUGGGGGAGGGGAGGUCACACAGCAAUAGGCAACUGGAACAAGAGAUGCUGACUGAUACUACAAAAUGUAGCGACUACUUCUAUUGGGCAGUUGUAAGAGGUCACAUCAACCAGACUAGAAACCAUAGAAUCUAACUGCAUACAAGAUACAGUCUGACCCUCAUUGUUAUCCUAUGAUCCAAGUGACUGCUUAGAUCAUAGGACUUCUUGAAUUGUCAGAAACUGGUUGUCUUAGUCAGGGUUUCUAUUCCUGCACAAAGAUCAUGACCAAGAAGCAAGCUGGGGAGGAAAGGGAUUAUUCAGCUUACACUUCCACAUUGCUGUUCAUCACCAAAGGAAGUCAGGACUGGAACUCAAGCAGGUCAGGAAGCAGGAGCUGAUGCAGAGGCCAUGGAGGGAUGUUCCUUACUGGCUUGCUUCCCCUGGCUUGCUCAGCCUGCUCUCUUUACCUAAGAUUAUCAGCCCAGGGAUGGCACCACCCACAAGGGUCCCUCCCCACUUGAUCUCUAAUUGAGAAAAUGCCCCACAGCUGGAUCUCAUGGAGGCCCUUCCCCAACUGAAGCUCCCUUCUCUGUGAUAACUCCAGCCUGUGUCAAGUUGACACAAAACCAGCCAGUACACUGUUAAAAGCUGCCUCUGUGCCUUUAAUGUCCUGGACUAUACAGCAAGUGAGUCCGAGGCAAUCUGAAGGCUACGUUAGAAAGCAGCCCAAGCUUCUGGGAGAGGAGUAAACCUGAGGCAGAGGCAGGCAGAUUUCUGAGUUCAAGGCCAGCCUCAGGUAUGCAGCACCACCACCACGCUUGGAGAUGUUUUUUUAAGAAGUGGACAGUAUUUGACCCCAGAGUUGAGCUUUUUACUCCAAGCAUUCUAUAUAUAUAAGAGCUCCAGGUUUCGCUUCCUGUGGCCUUCGAGUCUUUACGCUUUAUCUUUGAGCCUCCUUCCUAGUGUACUUUCGUCACCUUGUUAGGGCAUCAGACAGGGAGACCACUGGACCCUUCCAGUGUUUGCUCUUGCCUUGGCCACUGGUGCUCUCCUGAGGGUGGCCCUGCCCUCUGUGGACAGAAUGACCCUCUCUUCAGCAGCAAUGAUACUUGCAUCUUUAUUUGCGGUCUACUGUGUGGGCAGUGCUGUGAGGGAGGCCUCGGCAGCUCAUUUUGCAGGCUAAGGUUCUUGUUCUGUCAGCUGCCCAGUGUCCGCACCUUCCUCGGUCAGGACUGAGAGCUGUCUCUUGACACAGACCAGCCGACGUCGUGUCCAACGCAGGGUGGAUCUCACGUCUCUCUUUAAAGGGAACCAUCUUCUAAACUCAUCCUAAUUUCAGGUUGGCCAUGUAAGGGUUUUUUUUUUUUUAACUGUUUUAAUAAUAAAACUUGAUUUAAAUUCA